AUGUCAGAUGGAAGAGGACCCCAGCUCCAUUCUUACGGAGACCGACGGCUUUCCUCCUUCAGCAGACAGACCCCCAGACUCACAGAGUCAUUUGAAGCGCGAACGCGGUUAUCCGCGGUUGCUCCGACCCCGGGCUCCGCCAGAAGAAGAAGCGGACAACCUACAAACCAGAUAAGGUCCAGUUUUGGCUACAUGGGCUCAACAGCCGGUGGAGUCACCCCUUUGCUGCUCCGAAGAACCUCUGGAUCUCGCAACCUACCGCCCAGCAAUCUGACAGUCCAGCUGCGUGGUGAUACUCGGAACUCCCGGAACAAGGUGUAUAUGGAGCUUUUGCUGAAGGAAGUUUACGAUUUUUGCAUAGCCAACAACUUUGAGGCUGAGAUGGGUCAUCAUAUUUCACUCGCGACGUUUGAGACGCCCACACAGAAAGACUUUGUUUUCUUGUUUAAGUUUUUGUACGGAAAGCUUGAUCCAAAUUAUCGCUUUCUGUCACUGUUUGACACUGAUAUGAAAGCAAUUCUAAAAAGUCUCUCAUAUCCAGCCCUAGAUAAACUUCGAGAUGCGCUGAGUGCGGCCGGUGAGCAGAAUUGGCACUACAAUCUUGCCAUGCUCUAUUGGUUGGUUAAACUCAACCUCAUGCUUCUGAGUGUUAACGAAGAGGAAACUUUUAAUGCACCAACUCGUGCUUUUGAGCAAAUAUACAAUUCUUGUGUUUUCUCAUCCUAUGCAAGCUUCAUUGAUAGAAUCGACGACUAUGAAGAAAUCGAUCAAAGUAUGGAGAGAGAAUUCAACAACUACAAGGAGGAAAUAUUUAAAGCAGAGCAAGAUAAGCAGGCAAGUAUAACAGCUUUGAGCCUGGAGAAAGAAAAUCUCUCCGAAGAAUUUCGUCGAAUCGAGGAAGCCGAAGAUAUGACGGGUCGCUUGAAGACAGAUAUCGCAUCUCUUAACAAAUACACCAACAGCCUCCAAGAUGGAUUCACUUCGCUCAAUUCUAAAGCUUUGGAGUUUGAUUCAAUUAUUGCAAAGCUUGAAGAUCGUAUCUCCGCGAUCCUGCAAGACAAGAGUCAAUUCAAUGCAACUUUACAUUUGAAGGGUGUCGAGAUUGACCAGCUUGGCAGACUUGAAGACGAACAGACUAAGAUUGCAAAGGCAGUAGAGUCAGUGAAUAGUAGAUUGCGAACAGCAGAGGCAAAGAUUCACUCCACUGAGGAUCGCUUAGCUCUUUCAUACCAACAACUUGUUGACAGCGUGUCCAUUUAUAACCAAACGAUUCGCAAAAUUCCUUCACUUGCUGGUCAGGACGAUAUUAUGAUUAAUGAGGAGGUAGUUCACAAUAAUUCCCAGCAGUUUGAAGCCGAAAUGAUUAUCAGCAGAACUAUUAGAGCAGAGAAGGACGUGAUUACACAAUUAGAUGGUCAGAUCAAGCAAGAUCGUCUUUUCAAUGACGAAGAAUAUCUUCAAACUUUGCAACUCAUAGAAGAGCACAAACAAACCUUGACCGAUCAAGAGGACAAAAUAAAAUUGCUCGAAGCGACCCUCUCUAAAAAUAAAGUUUCACAGGAAGAGCUACAUUCGAAGAGCACUUUAGAAGCCCUGCGGCUCGAUGCCGAAAUUGAAAAGAUGCAGAAAGAUUUGCAGGCAAUGAAGGCAGAUAUGACCCUUGAAACAUUGAAGGCAAAGACUUUGAACACAAACCUCAAACGCGAACUCAUGGAAACGCGAUAUCUCAUUAAAGAUAAACGUGAGACGCUUUUGCGUACCGUUCAGAGCGACCUCAACUACGUCAUAAACUUUAAGGACCAUAUUCAAAAGACUCUUGAAACUUUACGCCUUCAGACGCAUAAAGAACUUGAAACUGAGCAAAAAAAGGCUGGCGACGGCUCAAAUACUAAUCUAGUCAUCAAUUAA